AUGUGCUACAAUGAGAAUGAAUGCAAUCCGGAAACUGGAGAAUGCGAAUGUGUUGGUUUCACUGGAGAACACUGUGAUGAACCCUGCCCGCGGGGCACAUUUGGCAAAGGGUGCGCAGAAAAGUGUGAUUGCGAGCAAGAGGCCUACUGCCAUCCGACUAAUGGCACGUGCAUUUGCCCUGAGGGCUUCAAAGGAGAACACUGCGAUCAGAAGAUUUGCCCGUUCGAUCGUUUUGGGCUGCACUGCGAGAAGGAAUGUGCCUGCAAUGUGAACAACACUAAGCUGUUAGUGCCCUCUUUGAAUUCUUAA